GUUAAAAAAAUUUAUUUCUAAUUCCAAACAUCUCUCGAACCUUCGAUUCAAUUCUUCUACAACAAAAAUGCAGCAAGAUCAGUUUUUUCUAAUCGUAACUUUCCCAUUUCUCGUUACAAGUUUCGCACUCGUCUCGUGCCUGAAAACGGCUUGGAAGUUUAAGGGAUCUGCUGACCCCUCAGAAGCUUACACAAAAACUUUGCCAGUCGCUGUGAAACCGAAAAAAGACGAGAAGAAGAUAAAACCAGGAAAAACUGUGAAAAAAGUCGAUGGAAAGGACAAAAAGGCGAAGAAACUUUCGAAAUUUUUCGUUUUCAAUCACGGAAAAGACGAGGAUUUGAAAACCGCGGUCGGUAGCGAACCCACGUUGGAUUCCACACAAGAAUCGAUCACUGAGGACGACGAACACGAGUCACCUCUCAGUGAUAACUACAAGUUCAGUGAUGACGAGAAGCUCGACGGACUGCAAAUUCUGCCGUCUCCGCCGCCGAAAUACGUGGAAAAACUGAGAUCUCGUGUGCGACAAACUCGGCGUGGCAAGAAGAGCCCACAGGACUACUAUUGCACCGACGAAGAAGAUUCGCUAUUCGAUGUCCCAUCCCUGAAGAUUGACCCGGCAACCCUAAAAUCUUCCCGAUCAAGCAUUCCGCUGAAUAUUCAAGACUCCCGUUUGCUCCGCCUCAACCAAGAUCGCCUCGCCUUCAAAAAAAGCCACACAGUGUACCCUCAUUCUGCAAUCUCGCCGCACUCGAAUCGCAUGCAUCGUUCCGAAUCGCGUUCUUCCCGAGAGUCGGAACCAACUACUAUCUCACAGAGAUCUUGAGAAAUCAAUAAAGUUGUCUUGAU